ACCCUGGAAAUUUCGCUCAUCCAAAAAUGCUGCGAACCGCCUCGCGCACGCUUGCGCGCCGCAUGCGCCGCCCUCUGUCUGCUACUCUCUCUCGUCCAUUGUUUGUUUCGGCGUCCCGCAUGGCCCCCGCUCUCCCUUCCGUCACUCCCCCCGUCUCAACCGUUCUGCCAGCCGAUUCCUUCCAGCUUCUAUCCACAGCUGAGAAAGCUGGCGAUGCUGAGGAUGCGCUAUUUGAGGCACAGGUGCAGCAGGUGAAGGCAUGGUGGGCGUCGCCGAGAUACCGUGAUGUCAAGCGACCCUAUACCGCCGAGGACGUUGUGGCCAAGCGGGGUGCGCUACAGCAGACAUACCCAAGUAGCUUGAUGGCUCGGAAGCUAUUCAAUUUGCUGGAAGGGAGGCACUCGCAAGGCCUGCCGGUACACACGAUGGGUGCAAUCGAUCCGGUUCAGAUGACCCAGCAAGCCCCGAACCAAGAAGUCCUUUACAUCUCUGGCUGGGCCUGCUCCUCGCUCCUAACCACCACCAACGAAGUUUCGGCGGACUUCGGUGACUACCCUUAUAACACCGUGCCAAAUCAAGUACAGCGUCUUUUCAAAGCUCAGCAGCUCCACGACCGGAAGAAUUUCGACAACCGCCGCAAAAUGGAUGCUUCGGAGCGCAAGAGGACACCUUACGUUGACUACAUGCGACCAAUAAUUGCCGAUGGUGAUACUGGCCAUGGCGGUCUGUCAGCGGUGGUUAAAUUGGCAAAGCUAUUUGCAGAGAAUGGCGCUGCUGCAGUCCAUUUUGAAGAUCAACUGCACGGUGGAAAGAAGUGCGGGCACUUGGCCGGUAAGGUCCUGGUUCCGGUGGGUGAGCACAUAAAUAGAUUGGUAGCCGCGCGUUUCCAAUGGGACAUGAUGGGCUGCGAGAACCUCGUAAUUGCACGGACAGACUCAGAGAGCGGCAAAUUGAUCUCUAGUGUAAUUGAUGUCAGAGAUCAUGAGUUUGUACUCGGUGUGGCAGAAGAGACAGAGCCACUGGCAGAAGUGCUUCAAGAGAUGGAAUUGAGGGGAGCUAGCGGGCCUGAGGUCGAUGCAUUUGAGGCAGAAUGGGUAAAAAAGCACAAACUGGUGACUUUUGACGAGGCUGUAAUAAAUCAUCUGAAAUCCGAAUCCGCCUCCAAGCAUUCCAUCGACUCUUACCUGCAUGAAGUUAAGAAGAAUCCCAAUCUCUCCCUCACCAAACGACGCAGCCUCGCCAAUGGCUACAGCAAAAGCCCUGUCGUAUGGUCCCACGAUAUCCCGCGCACGCGUGAGGGCUUCUACCACUAUAAGGCAGGCCUUCCCGCCGCGACAAAGCGAGCAAUUGAAUUCGCGCCAUUUGCGGAUCUUCUCUGGCUGGAAACCAAAGAACCGAAUGUUGAGCUCGCCGCAGGAUUCGCCAAAGACAUCAGGACAGCAGUUCCCGGCAAAAAGCUGGUGUACAACCUAAGUCCGAGUUUCAACUGGAUGGGCCAAGGUUUUACGGAAGAAAGCCUCAAGACUUUUGUCUGGGAUCUGGCGAAAGAGGGUUUUGUCUUGCAGCUUAUCUCUCUGGCUGGGCUUCAUUCGAAUGCAACGAUCACAAACGAACUGUCCAAGGCAUUCAAAGAUGAGGGCAUGCUGGCAUAUGUCAAACUCGUCCAGCAGCGUGAAAAGGAUACGGGUUGCGAUGUUCUGACCCAUCAGAAGUGGAGCGGAGCUGGAUAUAUGGACGGCAUUCUGGGACACAUACAGAGUGGAAGCUCAAGCAACAAGAGUAUGGGAGAAGGCAAUACGGAGGCAGGGUUUUAAUCUGUUACCUACCUAGAACAUCUGUGCUUGCUGCCGGUCAUGUUCAACUUUUGUUUCUGCAAUAUGUUGCCUCACGCAUCUUUAUUCUUACGAUUUCUCAUUAGCAGCUACACAACGUUGAUUCCCAGCAUAGCCGAGGCAUAUAUUCCAACGACAACAACAAUAGCAACAAUAGCAACAGCGUCACCAAUAUAUUCGUGGGGUG